AUGGUGCGGAUCAAGCACAAGUUCAGUGUUAAGUGGCCGCGUGUGGAUCUAGAGGGAGAUGAAAACUCGGACUUCAACUUCGGAUCCGACGAGGACGAGGUAGCGAGCAAAGUUGCGGCAGUUGCUGCCGUGGUGUUGCCUGCUCUCAACUUGUCAGUCACUGAUGCACAGCAGCAAGAUAUCGUUAGCGAUGCUCAUGACCUGCUACAGUCAGCGGUAAAGCGCCAGAGAGAAGGUAAAAGUUGGGAGACGCAGGGCCAUUCGAAGGAGCCUCGGCUCGAAUCGAAAGUGCUAAUGUCUUCACUUAACAGAUCAGGAAAACAGUCAUGGGGUAGGUGGAUGGGGAAACCAGACAACCUGCAGCGUCCCAGCAAGAUGCGAGCUCCUACACCUGUGCCGAGGCUAGCGGCUAACGUGAUUGAUAAGGGUAUAGAUUUCAGUCAAGAAAAUAGUGCUGAACUGAUUGGAAAAUUACCAUCUCCAGUAGUCAAGGGACCUAACAAUGAGCGUCCAAAAAUUAUUGUGAUGCGAGGAGAUCCGACAGAUUGGAGCACGGCAGCUAUAGUGAGUGACACGAACAGUUUGCUACACCACAAAAGCGGUUUGGCGGCGACUAUUGUACGUAAAGGUGGAUGGGGAAUCCAGCGUCAGUGCUCGGAGUGGAUAUAUUACAAUGGUGAGGUUCCAGUUGGAUCGGCAAUGUGGACAACAGCGGGUAAUCUCUCGAGCAAGUACAUUAUCUACACUGUCGGCCCUAAUGUUAGUAUUCACCGUUCGCCAAUGCCACACCACCAGUUGGAGCUUCGAUGCGCUGUUCGAAGUGCUCUCAAUGAGGCCGAUAGCCUGGGUGUGUCGUCGGUUGCCAUGCCAGCACUAUGCACUGGGGUAUGUCGCUAUCCGAAAUACCUGGCUGCUCGAGAAAUCGUGACGGAAUGUCUGGAAUUUUGCGAUGAAUGUUCAUUGACAUCGCUGCGUCUUAUUGUGUUGAUGAACGAGGAUGAAGUAACGACAUCAAUCUUUGUGCAGGCUUUGAAUGACACGAGACAGCAGCGACAAUUGGAGCGGCAAGCAAAUGAACAGACACUUGGAGAUGGACUUGAUGCUAGUGACAGUUCCAGCACUAUGUCUGACGUCGAAGAAUCGACAUAGGAGGCUACCGUGCUGAGAACAAAAGAAUGAAUGAGCAAGGCUGAGUGAAUGACUGGCCAGGGUUGCAAACGGCACGAUAUGCGUGCAUCGAAUCUAGACAAAGUCCUGAAAACGA